GAUGUAUGAGCUGAUGUUCUUUUUUUUUUUUUUUAUUUUGUCGGCGCAUUCUAGAGCGAAAAAAUCGUCCUCCCUCCCUCAAUUCCUCUGGUAUAAAAACGGAACCGCGAGACGCGUUUUUUCUCACACAAAAAGCCGUAUUCAAUUGACUACAAGCAAACAGCAAAAAUUUUGGCAGUCCGAGCGUCUGGGGUUUGUCAAUCGAAAGCAAAGCAGAUAAUGAUGGAUACGUUCUUCAUAUCUCAUGGAUCGCCGACGCUGUCAAUCGACGAUUCCCUUCCGGCGAGGCAUUUCUUGAAAUCUUGGCAGCAGAAGAUCUUCACAGAGAAACCCAAGUCAAUUCUUGUCAUCUCCGGUCAUUGGGAGACCAAUGAACCCUCUGUCAACGUUAUCUCUGGUCUCAACGAUGUCAUCUACGAUUUCUAUGGCUUCCCUAAGCCCAUGUACGAGCUAAAGUACCCAGCACCUGGUGCGCCUGAAUUAGCAAUGAGAGUGAAGGAGUUGCUUGUGGAUGCUGGUUUCAAAAAUGUCAAGGAAGACAAAGCUCGUGGGCUUGACCAUGGUGCUUGGGUCCCGCUCAUGCUCAUGUAUCCAGAGGCCAAUAUCCCAGUGUGCCAGCUUUCUGUCCAAACAAACGAGAAUGGUACUUACCACUACAACAUGGGGAAGGCGCUGGCGCCCUUGAGGGAAGAGGGGGUUCUGAUAAUUGGGUCUGGAAGUGCCACACACAACUUGAGAGCCCUUCGCUUGGCUGCAGAUGAUGGUUCUGCCAUCCCUUGGGCUCAAGAUUUUGAUACAUGGCUCAAAGAAUCUCUUGUGAAUGGAAGACAUGAAGAUGUGAAUAACUAUGAGGUGAAAGCACCCUGUGCAAAACUUGCUCAUCCAUGGCCGGACCACUUCUACCCUUUGCAUGUUGCCAUGGGAGCCGCAGGCGCAGAUGCAAAGGCGGAACUCAUCCACCAUAGUUGGAGCCUUGGUACACUUUCUUAUGCCUCUUAUCGUUUCAAAACACCUCAAUGAUUGGUCAUUUGCUUUGUCAAACGUUGGUUUUGUAUUGUAAUGGUAAUGGCUGUUCAGCAUGAUCAGAUAGAUGAUGGUUAAUGGUGUUUUUCUUUUUCUUUUUAUUUUUUGAUAUUAAUGUAUUAAUGGUUGUUAAUGGUGUAUUAGUACUUGGGACUUCAGUAAUCUCUCCAUUUGUGUUAAUUGGUAAUAAUUUCAACCAUUACCAAAUAAGAUUACUUUUAGAGUUAAAUA